AUGAGUCGACCCAGCGGUGGUCGCGAUGAAAAACGGGUCAACCAAAAUGGAGGAGACCCGGGAGGUCAUCACUGUGAACCGAUCAAUACUCACUCUGCAACAGCAGCACAAGCAGCGGAGGGUCCGGAACUUGGUCCUGACUCAAAACUACUGUCCGUCCUGAAGAGGGACUCUCAGGCCAGGAGAGUGGACCUGACAGGGACAGAGUAUUACAGUGAGGAGGGAAAGACGUUUCAACUGCAUCUCGUUGGGAAAAUAAAACAACAGUUAAGCGCCGACCCCACUCUUUGUCCAGAGUAUCCAUCUUCUCUUGGACUGACUGAAUUCACCAGGCGAGCCACUGAGGGUGCUUUGGGGAGGAGCUCCAGGGCUAUAGUGGAGAGCCGGGUGUUGGGUGUCCAGACUCCUGGUUUUACUGCUGCUGUGCGCCUCGGGGCUGAACUCCUGAGACACUGCCUCGAUGUUGGUGCUGCUUGGUGCGGUCCGGUCUACCUCUCCUCCCCUUGCGAUGACUCAUUGGCUGGUAUCUUCCAGGCAGCGGGGAUCCAAGAUAUCCGUCAGUAUUAUUACUGGGAUGAUAAGCUGCGGUGCAUUUGUUUGGAGAAGCUUCUGCAGGAUCUGGAGAGGGCUCCUGAGCAAAGUGUUGUUGUCCUGUCAGCCUCUGCCCAUUAUCCAACCGGAGCAGAUCUCUCUCAGGAUCAGUGGGCUGUGAUUACACAACUAAUCAUGAGGCGCAGGCUCUUCCCUUUCCUCUUGCUGCCUGCUCAGGCGCUCUGCUAUGCAGAUUUAAAGUGGGAUGCCUGGCCUGUACAGCUCUGUGCAUCACAAGGCAUGGAGCUCCUUUGUGCUCAGUCGUUCUCCCACUGCUUUGGCCUAUACGGUGAGGCUGUGGGUCACCUCCUGUGCGUGUUCAAGCAGAGCUCCCUCCUGUUAUCUCUGCAGUCUCAAGCUGUCAAGUUAGUCAGGUCACUGUGGGCCUGGCCAUCUGUGGGAGGAGCAGAUGUUGUCGCCACUGUGCUCAGUAACCCAGCCCAUCUUGCUGAAUGGCAGGGAGAAGUUAAGCACAUGGUUGAGAGAUGUAAGCUGAUCAGAGACAUUUUGAGAGAGAAGCUGAGGCUUCUGGGAACUCCAGGCUGCUGGGACCACCUGACACAACAAGGUGGACUCUACUGUUGUAUAGGUUUGAAUGAUCAGCAGGUGGAAUUUCUGGCAAAGAGGAGACAUGUGUACCUCCUUCCCAGUGGCUGUCUGAAUGUGAGCGCAAUCAACGGCCGUAACCUGAAAUACAUAUCUGAGUCCAUUCAUCUGGCCCUGACCACUUCACCAUGA